AUGGAUGCUAUUCUUAUGAGCCACAAGGGGCCAGUGGACUGUGACAAACCACUAUUUAGUGUAAAAAGAGCAGAAGUUGCUCCAUCCAGACUGGCAAGUGAGGGGAUGAUCUUCUGCGCCCGGAAAGGUGACUUUGUAUCAACGGCUGAAAAGUUGCACCCGGCAUUUGCCGCCUUCGAUGCAGAGGAGAAACGGGAGGCAACUUCAGCACAACGAUCGCGGGCGAUUUGCUGGGGGGUAGACGAAGACUCGGAAAGUGACAGUGACUGUGAGGAGGAUUUGGACGAGGAGGCAGAGGAUCUGUUGAAGUUUUUGUCGGAACUUCCAACAAGUCGGCGAGCCUAG